AAAACCACUUCCUUUUCUUUUUAUAUACCAAAUAGAGAAGUAAGAAGCCAGAUGAGUGUGCCCUUGAUUUGGACAGCUGUCAUUGUGUCACUUCACACAUCGUUUAUCUCACUUUACAGCCACAGAAAACGAUUAUUGGAGCUGUUACAAGAUCACAAAGAAUAUUCCAACAUGAACUGCUUCCUCUUCCUGAUGUGCUACAUAGCAAUUGUGAGUGGAAUGAGUGGAAUUAGUGGAAAUGAUGGAGAAGAUCCUACUGAUGACAACGAUAGCACAGCUUCUCAGUCAACUUCCCAGCCUGCUCCAAGCAGUACCAUUACCCAUGAUACUGAGGCCAGCAGCACUUCUGGGAACAGGCUGUCGAGCAGUCAGUCACCAGCAGUUGUCCCCCAGAGUCAAAGCACGUCAGGUCCCCUUGUCCCAGUGACAACACAACUUGAAGCUUUUUUCUUCAAAUGGGACUGUCGACAGGUGUUGAUGGCGUCAGGCGGACUGAUCAUACUCUGUGUCAUUCUGCUGCUCUCUGUCUUUUUCUUGGCUUGGAAGGUGUGCCGCCUGAGUAGGCGCAUCAAGGAGCUGAGCAGCAACGCUGACCUGAUCAGCACCUCUGAGUACUGGAUGGAAUCGGCCAAGAAGAACAAAAGCAAGUCCGAGACAGAACCCAAGGAGACAACCGUGUUAAUGUCAGACAUGAGUCAAACCAAGGAGGAGAGGGCUAACGGCACCACCGAGGAAGAAGGGGAGAAGGAGAACAAGACGGAGGAAGGGGACGCCACCAAAAGUGAGGAGGCUGCAGCUACACCUGUAGCCGUCUGUGCCUCCUCAGAGCCCAAAGAGGAGGCCAUUGAAGCCACGGCAGCCCCCUCCCCUGAGGGCACAGAGGAACCAAAGGAUGUGGUGUAAAGUGUGUGUGUGUCUGUGUCUGUGUGUGUGUGUGUGUGUGUGUGUGUGUGUGUGUGUGUGUGUGUGUGUGUGUGUGUGUGUGUGUGUGUGUAGCCAAAGAGCAACUGCCAUUUCUUCCCCAAAUCUUUUUUUAACACCUUUACUUCAAAUAAAUGCAAACUUUUCCUGAAGACGAUGCUUUACACGUUACAAUAAGUUUAUAAACAAUUUGUGCUUUUAAGUCUGUCAAACUAAGUAAUAAUUGAACAUUUAAAAUGAUGCAUUGUAUUUUCUGUUAUUUGUAUAUUUUGUAUCUUAUUUCAAUAGACUUUUGUGCAAGUUGAUGUGUGUCUUAGAUGCUUGACUACAAACUAUGGAUUUAAGUAAUUGUAACUUAUGCUCCAUGUCGAAGAGUAAAACCAUAGAUUGUAGGGUUAUUCUUGAAUUUCUAACUAUGAAACUGUUUCCGUUUUACUGGCUGUGCUUGUGUGAGUGUGCGGGGGUUGUGUCAGAGUAGCACUCUGCUUGAUUAGCACGCAGAGUCUGUGCCUCUUCUGGGCAAUGCCUCUCGACUAGGAAAGAAGGCUCUUUUCACCUCAGCCUGAGCUGACAAAGCUGCACAAUAAACCUCUUUUUUAAACUAUA